AUGGAUUCCAUCAGAAUAUCAGAGGAUUUUGAAGUCAGAUUGGUGGGUGGUGCUCGUGCCGGUGAGGGCAGAGUCGAAGUGCUCCACAACGGUGAAUGGGGCACUGUCUGUGAUCACGCCUGGGGUGACAUGGAUGCCCGUGUGGUCUGCAGAAUGCUUGUGUACAAGCGAAUCGGCUCUGUUUCUUUUUUCCACGCUUAUUUCGGCCAAGGCACCGGUACCAUUCUAAUGAAUAACGUCGUCUGCUCUGGGCAUGAGACCUCUAUCAAAGAUUGCAGUCACAACGGUUGGUGGACACACAACUGCGAUCACUCUGAGGAUGCUGGUGUCAGAUGUCUGCGAUUCCUUGCAGUUGAUGUGAGAUUGGUGGGUGGUUCUAAUGCUGGUGAGGGGAGAGUUGAGGUCUUCCAUAAUGGUGAAUGGGGCACUGUCUGUGAAGAUGGCUGGGAUAACGACGAUGCCCGUGUGGUCUGCAGAAUGCUUGGUUACAAUCCCAGUGACUCUGUUUCCAUUACCGGUGCUCAUUUCGGUCAGGGAACCGGUUCCAUUCAUUUGGAUAACGUCGUCUGCUCUGGGAGUGAGGACUCUAUCAAAGAUUGCAUUCACAACGGUUGGGGGUCACACGACUGUGAUCACUCUGAGGAUGCUAGUGUCAGUUGUGGCACAACAACAACAACACUUGUUAAGGUGAGAUUGGUCGGUGGCCCUCAUUCCGGUGAGGGAAGAGUUGAGGUGUACCAUAAUGGUAGAUGGGGCACUGUCUGUGAUGACGGCUGGGAUGACAACGAUGCCCGUGUGGUCUGCAGAAUGCUUGGUUACAAGUCCAAUUAUCCUGUUUCCUCAAACAGCAAUUAUUUCGGUCGAGGCAAUGUUCCCAUUCUAAUGGAUAACGUUGCCUGCUCUGGGGGCGAAGCAUCUAUCCAAGAUUGCGGACACAACGGUUGGGGGUCACACAACUGUGAUCACUCUAAGGAUGCUGGUGUCAGAUGUGUCGAAGCUGGAUCUGUUGUAAAAUUGGUGGGUGGCUCUCGUGCCGGUGAGGGAAGAGUUGAGGUGUACCAUUACGACGAAUGGGGCACUGUCUGUGAUAACGGCUGGGAUGACAACGAUGCUCGUGUGGUCUGCAGAAUGCUUGGUUACAAAGGCUCUGUUUCCUAUUCUGGCGCUCAUUUUGGACGAGGUACUGGUCCCAUUCUUAUGGAUAAUGUCGCCUGCUCCGGGAGUGAGUCCUCUAUCAAAGAUUGUGGACACAGUGGUUGGUGGACACACAGGUGUGAUCACUCUAAGGAUGCUGGAGUUAGAUGUGUUGCAGCGACACCUGUUGAAGUGAGAUUGGUGGGUGGCUCUCAUGUCGGUGAGGGAAGAGUUGAGGUGUUCUACAACGGCGGACGGGGCACUGUCUGUGAUAACGGCUGGGAUAAAAACGAUGCUCGUGUGGUCUGCAGAAUGCUUGGUUACAAUCCCAGUAAUUCCAUUUCCUUUUCCGGCGCUCAAUUUGGUCAAGGCACUGGUUCCAUUCUUAUGGAUAACGUCGCCUGCUCUGGGAGUGAGACCUCUAUCAAAGAUUGUAAACACAGAGGUUGGGGAACACACAGCUGUGAUCACUCUAAGGAUGCUGGUGUCCGAUGUGUCGUUGCAGGGCCUGUUGCAGUUGUAAGAUUGAUGGGUGGUAAACGCGACGGUGAGGGAAGAGUUGAGGUCCUCCAUAACGGCGAAUGGGGCACUGUCUGUGAUGACGGCUGGGAUGACGACGAUGCUCGUGUGGUCUGCAGAAUGCUUGGUUACAACCACCGUGGCGCAACUGCAGUCCGUAGUGCUAAGUUUGGCCGAGGUUCUGGAUCCAUUCAUAUGGAACAGGUGGCUUGUACUGGCAGAGAGAGAUUCCUGAAAGACUGUCUCCACGGUAAAUGGGGAGCGCACGACUGUACACAUUCGGAAGAUGCUGGAGUCAGGUGUUUGCCAUAAGAACAUAUCCCCAAAGCAAAAAAGAGUCCACCUGGACAAAAUAACUACAUUUCUUUUCCUCUUGCACUGAUAGGAAAUUUUGGAAGUAUCACAGAAAAAAGAAAAAGGCUUGCAUAUUAAACGUGAUUAGUUACAUGUACAUUGAAUAUAAGCACUCUUACACAUAUAACCUUGCCUCUUACCACUACUUUACCCAAACUUAACACCUGUUUAUAUGAAUCUCCUUAUUUUGAUAAAUCUGAAAUGACUGCCAAAAGUUUAAAAACACCAAUUUUUACUACAGUUUGCUAAUAUAUUCAAUUAUAUCGCAUUUUAGACAUACUUUAGAACUCAUUACACAAAUAUUUUUCUGUCCUAGGUACCUUGUUAUGUGCAACUUUUGAAGUUAUGUAUAUACAGGGUUUAACAAGAUGGGUGAUAUAUCCAACAGAGAAAUAUAAUUACCAUUAAAAAAUCUUUGGGUAAUACAUUUUUCACUUCUGGGUCACAGUCGGGCUAAAGAAGUGGGCAAGUAUUAGGCAAGAUUAUACAAUCUACUAACCAGAAAUAUCACACUAAUGCAAAGGAACAAGUCAUUACCCAAUGUUUGCGUUUUUAUGCAGC